AUGAACCUCGAGAUACGUCUCUUCUACGUCCGCGUCUUCCCUUGCGCCUCCGCCGCCGCUCCGCCCUUCCUCGCCCUCUCGCACCUCCCAGACCGGGGCACGGACCUCGAGAUCAACGGCGCGCGCAUCCCCGCAUCCAAGCCUACAACCAUCCGCCUCCGACGCAACCGCGCCGAUCGUGAUGCAGCGGGUGUGACGUACAUUAGUACCGACUGCAUUCGCCUUACCGGAGCUGUAUAUUUCGAUGUAAGCGAUGAUCGGGGCAAUCUCAUCCUAUGUGUCUCGUUGGACUGGACGGAUGCACCUAGGAGCAACAGGGCGAUUGGAUUCGACCACCAUCAGUUACCGUCAUCAGUGAGAGAUCCCGAGACAGGCUGGAACAUGGAUUGCUACUUUGCAGCUUCAAUCGCGUCUUCUAUCUUCCCGCAACCUCCUAAGUCUGGGCUUCAAUCAUCUCCCUCCAUCGAGGUCUAUGUUGCUGGGUGUUUUGCUGGUGUUCCUUUGAUUCUCACGCAGAUUAUUCAGCUCAGUCCCAUAUUGGGUUCUGUUAGGCUUGGAAUAUUGGACGCAAUCCCAGAGGAAGAAGAAGCCACAGAUGGAGACCCAGCAAAGAACGAUGGCUUCGAACCUCAUGAAAUCUCACCAUCAUUAACAAAUGAAACUGACGAGUACAGUCCAACUAUGGCCGCCAAACACAACUACAAUCCUGAAGGUUGGUACUCCGAAGAUGAUGGACAACUAUGGUUCAAGGCAGGUUUUCUGGAUGGACUUGGAAUAGGCCUUGGAAUGUGUGUGGGGAUAGGGAUUGGCGUCGGACUGCUCUUGAACUCGUACCAGGCAACUGCCAGAAGUUUCAGGAGGCGUUUCUUUUGAACUAUCUACCAAAGC